UAUAUACUCAUAUAUGUAUAAAUACAGAAUACCUAACCAACAAUUUCAUCAAACAUUUCAAAGUUUUAUAAUUUGUUCAGAGAGAGAGAGGAAGAUCACAGCAAACAGGAACAGAAAUGGCAACGAGAACGCCUCGAACCAGUGGAACCGCACCGACCCGUCCUCCCCGCGCCAUGGGGCGGCCUGAAGUUUUUAAGCCCGUCUCAGAACGGAAAGAAGAAGAAGGAGCUGAUAUACUAGCUGUUUAUCUUCCCGGUUUUAUGAGUGAGCAAAUUAAGAUUUCAGUUGAAGGCCAGAAUACACUUAGGGUUACCGGGGAGCGCCUAGAUGGGGCGAACAAAUGGAGCCGUUUCCAGGAGGAUUAUCCCAUUCCUGAAAACUGCAACACGAGAGAUAUCCGUGCCAAUUUUGAGGGCGGAACUCUUGCCAUUACAAUGCCGAGGAAAAGCACCCCCCAGGUUAGCCCUAAAGUCGAAGCUCCAAGCCCUCCAGAGGCCACGAGCAAGCAAAUGCCUCAGAAGGGUCCUCAGGAAGACAUUCAAGCAAAACCUGAUAACGCCAAGCAAAGAGAUACCAACAUUGUCCAGCCUUCGAGCCCUCCAAAACCCGAGCCAAUGCCUCAAAACGGUUCUCCAAUAAAGCCUAAGAAGGGCCGAAAAACUGAGGAUGACAAGCAAAGAGAUACCAACAUUGUCCGGCCUUCGAACCCUCAAAAAUCUGCAACCGAGCCAAUGCCUCGACCGGUUCAAGAAGACAAUACCAUCCGUGACAACAAACGAACAGAUGGUAUAAAUAUUUUAGACGGUUGUGGUAAUAAACUGUAUAGUUAUAUACAGACAGUGAGAGGUCUUGCCAGAGGGCUGAGUGAAGACAGACAAUUGAUGGUGAAUAUGGGCAUCGCUGCUAUGGUGUUUCUGGCUCUUGGGGUUUCUAUCUCCUACAGUUUUGUGUACUCUGGGAAAGCCGAAGACUAGUUCUUCUAGUAGAUUUACAUUUCUUCUUACAA